UCCCAGCAGGGCGGAAGCGCCAGAAUUCCAGGCAGAGCCCAGCGACUGGCGGGCAGCCGCUGGGGUCCCCUGAGGCUUUGGGGGCUAUGGCCGGGGUCGCGUGUUUGGGGAAAGCUGCGGACGCCGAUGAAUGGUGCGACAGCGGCCUGGGCUCUCUGGGUCCGGACGCGGCGGCCCCCGGAGGACCUGGGCUAGGCGCGGAGCUGGGCCCGGGGCUGUCGUGGGCGCCCCUCGUUUUCGGCUACGUCACUGAGGAUGGCGACACGGCACUGCACUUGGCGGUGAUUCAUCAGCAUGAGCCCUUCCUGGACUUCCUCCUAGGCUUUGCAGCUGGUACCGAGUACCUGGACCUGCAGAAUGACUUGGGCCAGACGGCCCUGCACCUGGCGGCCAUCCUGGAGGAGGCGUCCGCGGUAGAGAAGUUGUAUGCAGCAGGUGCCAAUUUGCUGGUGGCGGAGCGUGGAGGCCACACGGCGCUGCACCUGUCCUGCCGCGUGGGAGCCCACGCCUGCGCUCGCGUGCUGCUCCAGCCUCGCCCCCAGCACUCCAGGGGAGCCCCCAAGACCUACCUCGCUCAGGGCUCUGACCAUACCCCUGACACCGACCACACCCCUAUUGCCCUGUACUCUGAACCUGACGUGGAGAAAGAAGAGGAUGAGAGUGAAGAGGACUGGAAACUGCAGCUAGAGGCUGAAAACUAUGAGGGCCACACCCCACUCCACGUGGCUGUCAUCCACAAAGAUGCAGAGAUGGUCCGACUGCUCCAGGAGGCAGGAGCUGACCUCAACAAACCCGAGCCCACCUGCGGCCGAAGCCCCCUGCACUUGGCCGUGGAGGCCCAAGCAGCUGAUGUACUGGAGCUUCUCCUGAAGGCCGGUGCUGACCCCGCUGUCCGCAUGUAUGGUGGCCGCACCCCACUCGGCAGUGCCGCGCUUCGGCCCAGCGCCAUCCUUGCCCGCCUCCUCCGUGCUCACGGAGCCCCAGAGCCCGAGGACGAGGACAAGCCUGGCCCCUGCAGCAGCAGCAGCAGCAGCAGCAGUAGCGACAGCGAGAGCGGGGAUGAGGGCGGAGCAAGAGCGGGAGAACGCAGGCUGCGGGAAGGUGACCUUGGGCAGCAGUGAUUCGAACACUGGCAGCGGUGGGGAACGACCUCAGCCAGCGGUGAAGGGGCUUCCUUGGAGAACCCAGGCAGCGAGACAUGACUGUGGGCAGGGGUUGUCGCUGACUGGCAGGGGUUGAGGAAUUUGGGUAAAGGCAGGAGGAAGUGGGGCAGAGGGGGAGACCUCCCUGUGGUGGCUGAAGGACUGGAGAGGCCGCAGGGCCGGGAGAACACAGGUGACCUUGGAAGAGGUGGUGAGAGAACUAGGAGCUGGGAUUUAGACUUAGGAGCGGGGACCUCGGGCUUCGACGCAGCACCCGGUUCCCACAGUGGGUGGGGGAACUUGGGCAGCGGGCAAGGUGGCAGCUGCCUGAGCCCCUCUGCCUGGCCCCUCUGCCCCCAGGAUGAAUACGACGACAUCGUAGUCCACAGUGGCCGGAGCCCCAACCAGCUACCUCCCACCCCAGCGUCAAAACCGCUCCCUGACGACCC